AUGGAAAUCCCACCCGAAUUCUCCGGUGUCGCAGCUCUUGGAGACAUCCCGUAUAUUAUCUCGACUUUCGACACCCUCCCACCGCAGCUAAAGUCUUACCUGCUUCUUCAACUGUUACGACGCUGCCAGUUCCCGACAUUGCAAUUCGUAUCUUCUCUGAUCUUACCUAGUCUCAAACGGGACUAUGUGGCAUUGUUGCCAGUGGAACUCGCAUAUCAUAUUCUGCAAUAUCUCGAUUUACGGUCUCUCGGACGCUGCGCUGCAGUCAGCAGAGCGUGGAAACGGGUUGUCGAUGGCGAGGGUGCUGAGCUGGCUGUUUGGAAGAAGCGCUUGCAGUGCGAGGGCUGGUAUGAUGAUAUGGAGGGGGUUCAAACACCACCAAAUCUUUUCAAGAACCUGUACCGAAGGCAUCACGUUAUAAGGCAAAACUGGUUCCAUGGUCGCUACAAGCACAUUUCCUUCCCCGGCCAUGCGUUCAACGUUGUGACGUGCUUGCAGUUUGACGCAGACAAGAUUGUCUCAGGUUCUGAUGACCAGACAAUCCACAUCUACGAUACGCGAACAGGCGGACUGAAGAAGCGACUCGAAGGACAUGAAGGCGGAGUUUGGGCCCUGCAGUACUGGAACGAGGUCCUUGUAUCUGGCUCAACCGAUCGAAGCGUUCGCGUCUGGGAUAUGGAAGAAGGCGCGUGCACCCACCUUUUCGAAGGCCACACAUCAACCGUACGGUGCCUGAUCAUCAUCAUUCCGCAUAAGAACCCAGCCACAGGGAAGAUGGAGCCUGAGGUGCCACUGAUUGUGACGGGAUCUCGUGAUGCCACGUUACGGGUGUGGAAGCUACCGCAUCCAAAGCGGGAUAUUCCAUGGCUGCCUGGCUGCGGGGCUUCGUCACCGAGCACUGGGAGCACGCGAGCAUCGAAUCCCUUCUUCAAGUAUGUGCUGUGCGGACACUCGGACUCGGUGCGCGCGAUUGCUGGUUACGGCAAUACGCUCGUGAGUGGGAGCUACGAUUGUACGGUCCGUGUUUGGGAUCUCGGGACUGGAGCCGUGUCGUUCAUUUGCCGUGGCCAUCGGCAGAAGGUGUACAGUGUGGGAUAUAGCCAUGAGUUGCGGCGGGCCGUCAGUGGCAGUAUGGAUGCUACGGUGAGGAUAUGGUGCACGCGAACUGGAGCGCAGCUGUUCAAUUUAGAAGGUCAUACAUCGUUGGUGGGUCUCUUGGAACUAUCACCGCAGUACCUGGUCUCUGCGGCAGCGGACGCGACGCUCCGUAUCUGGUCACCGACAACAGGACAAUGCUUGGCUAAUCUAACGGGACAUUCGGCGGCAAUCACCUGCUUCCACCACGAGCCACGCUUGAACCGCAUAGUCUCUGGUUCAGACGGCGGCGUCAAGGUUUGGGAGCUCAACUCGACAGGGUACGGAUCAGGCCAACCACCAGCAGGCGCGCCUUUCGUUCCCGCGCUGGCGUUCACGCAAGGCCCUAACGGUCCGCAACCCGUCCACGGCCGCUUCAUUCGCGACCUCGUCGGCAAUGUACAAGGCGUCUGGCGAGUGCGCAUGGACGAACAACGACUUGUAUGCGCUGUGCAACGCGACGGCGGCCCAACCUGGUUCGAGGUGCUAGAUUUUACCGAAGGGAUCGAAGCCGGCGUGAAAUUGGAAGGGCUUGGCGACCAAGAGGACAGCAACGAUGGCAGCUGCGCCGGUGGGUCCGAUGAAGACGACGAUGGCGACGACGAUGAUGAUGAUGUGGAGGAUGAAGACUAUGCAGAGAUGGGAGAUAAUGGAAGUAGGGAUGGGGACGACAACAGCUUCGGAACGCUGUCGACCGAUUCCAACCCUGAGGACGUCGAAGAGAUUGAGCUGCCACCGCGCCCGCCCCGCCGUUGA